UGAAGCACAAAUUUUAAUUUCAGAAAUGGAAUUGGGACCGAAAAUCGCAUUCCCACAGUAUAUGGUCGUCCGAUCCUUCGACAACCUUAAUUACAUGAGCUAUAUCCGUGAUCGCAAAGACACUGAUGGGUAUCUCAGGUUCUUCGAAGAUGGUGUCCAGAACCCAUAUGCCAAGUUUGAAGUGGAGUUCUCCACAAACGACAUGGUGCACGUAAGAAGCUGUCAGAACAACAAAUAUUGGGAACGAACCAAAAAUCUUUCCCUCACCGGAAGCACCAGCAGCCAGUACUGGAUUACUGCCACCGCCGAGAAGAAGGAGGCAGACCAAUCCAAGGAGUCAUGCACUUUGUUCAAGGUUAUUUUUGUCAACGCCGCCCAGAAUACGGUCCGAUUCACGCAUGUCCAAUCAGGAUGCUAUUUAUGCUUAUGGAAGUGGAGCAAUCAGACAUACACUCGUUCUGUGUUGGCAAACUACAAGACUUAUGAUGGUCAAGGCGCUGAUAUCUUCAAGAUUAUUGAUUGGAGUUCGUUGGUGAUCCUGCCUAGGUACCUGGCCCUCAAAGGAGACAACGGACUGUACUUGGGUCUUCGUUCUAUUGAAGGCCACCCUUAUUUGCAGUUUAUAACGGUGGAUAUCGGUGAUCCAACCGUGGCAUGCGAGGUUCUUGAAAUCGGUGAUGGAACCAUCCAGAUCAGGCAAAUUUCUAACAACAACUAUUGGAGGCGUAGCCCGAAUUGGAUCUGGGCAGAUACUAGAAGCCUCAACAACGACACUUUGUUUCGCCCGGUAAAAGUUACCGAUCAAAUCAUAGGUCUUAUCAACUUGGGCAACAAUUAUUUCUGCAAAAGACUCACAACCGAAGGCAAAACAAACUGUCUUAAUGCAGCAGUCUCCAGCGUUACAAAAGAAGCCCAGCUAACGGUGGAAGAGGCUGUCGCGACGAGAGAAAUCUACGGUGUCCGAUACGAUCUCAAUAAUGCCAGGGUCUACGACGAAGCAAUCCUCAACUUAGAUGAGAAUAGUUCUAGAAACUUGAGUCCCGGAACGUUCUCCACUUUAGAAGUGCCGCUCUCGUAUACAGAUACCAGGACUAGUUCUUGGAAAACUAAUAUUUCACUGAAGUUGGGUGUGAAAUCCACAAUGGAGUUCAAACUUCCACUCAUCUUUGAGGGGAAAAUUGAACUAUCCGGUGAAUUUCAAUCAGGAGUCGAGUGGGGAAACACCACCACGGUGACUACAGUUGUACAAGCUGUACACAAAGUUACUGUGCCUCCAAUGACUGAGGCAACAGUUACUGUACUGGGAACAAAAGGUAAGUGCGAUGUCCCCUUCACUUAUCUGCAGAGGGACACUCUUUUUGAUGGGACCACCGUCUUAUCUGAAGUUAAAGGCGGCGUUUUCACCGGUUCUAAUUACUACAGCAUCAGCUUUGUGACCAGAAACAAGAAGCUGGGAUAAGCCAUAGUAAUGAAUAAAUAAAUUCAUGUUUCCUUGAAGGAAGAAUGUACUUAUGUUUUCUUAUAAUUAAUAAAUGCCCAUGCAUAGACUAGUGG